AUGACUGUUAUCGCCACUAUAGUCGAGGAAGCUUCACCCCCCGAGAUCCAAAUGCAAGACACGGCCUGCUCCAAUCCGGAGACUUUGUUAAACAAUCGAUCAAACUGGCCGUCUACGGAGUACAGUGGUCUUAACUCGAGAACGCCGACAUCAAAUACAGGCACGGUGCCAAUUUCGAACAAUGCUACGAGGGAAGGGAGCCAGCAUGCUCGUAGAGCCCUCAAGAUGUGUGGUGGUCUCGAUGUCGCCGGCAAAGUGGUGGAAUACAAGGCAACCUGCCGUCCAAAAACCAUAUCUCGGGGCAUACAUGGUUCAUUGCGAGAGAGCAUGCUCCACACUACAUCGAAGCGGCCCGCUGAAUGUCAAAUAUCAGGCCUCUUUCCAAUGGACGAUUUCGACCUCCCAAAGUGCCGCGACUCACAAUUUCGCUCGCUUGCAAUGGCUGAUGCGGGGGUUUAA